ACCUGCAUUAGACAUUAUGUGCCGCACAAGCUUUCAACGAAACAGCCGUUGUCCUAAAAUAAAAACCCCAUCGCCACCUGUUAAAAGCAUCAGCAACAGCAAGAAGAAAAAAAGUGAUGCUCCUCCAAAAUCCACGAAAGCGCGGUUCGCGUGCAGCUUCUGCGGCAAAUCGUUCGCACACCUGGGCGACCAGCGCAAGCAUUGCCGCAGCCACACGGGUGAGCGGCCCUAUCGCUGCGUCGUGUGCCAACGAGCUUUCGGACAGGCCAGUAAUCUAGCGAGGCACAGUCGCGUCCACACGGGCGAGAAGCCCUUUCGGUGCACCAUCUGCGAGCACAGCUUCGCGAGGUCGGACAAGCUCACGAGUCACUUUGAACGUUGCGCGCGAAGCGGAAUCGAAUAA